GCGUGAAUUCCACCUCAUUCAACCGAAAGCUCAUGUCCGCGGAAUGUCGCUUGCCCAAAAUCACGCUACUGUAAUUGGAACGUCACCUAACUGAAAUCAGAUUACACAGUUUUCUAAGAAGUUUGCCCUCUUCAGGAGCCAUGACUCAAACUUACAUCUUCCCUUGUGUCUCGAGGGAAAUUAUGAGAUCUAGAUUAUAUGCCCGAACAGAAACUGACAACCGUUCAGCAAUGGAUAAAUAGCAAUUCCUUUGAAUAAACCGGACUCCGCCUUCGGGUUUCGACCAAUGCGAAAGCAGCCGCCGAAUAAAUUAGUCAAAUCUCUAUGUCGGAUGACUGAAAAAAUCGGUUUAAAAAGCCAAUUGCAAGACUAGCGUUGGCUAAAAAAAAUUGCAACGCGCUCCUUUGAGAAGCUAGAGCCGAGGGGGAACAGUUUGCACAAACUUUUGAGAUCACCUUGCUCGGCUCGCCGGUUAUUUCGCGACGUACUUAUUAAACAGCCCCGAUGAUUUAUUGAUUAAAUCCGACUCCUGAGUCAGCGAGACCGCGAUGAACAGCUUCACACUGUGUGUCAGUCUUCUGUCUGUGCUUUCUACCGGCUUCGCACAGAUAACGUACAAGGAUACACUCACUGGCAAAGCUGUUCAGGAUGUGCUGCACGACAAUCACCCACAUCGACGUUACAGAACGAUUCAGACGAGAUUUAACCUUCACGGUUCAACAAAUACGGACGGAAAGCACUGUGCCAUCAUUGCAGGCGUACGCGAAAGUCUGGAGAAAUGCAACUUCAAUGUGACUUCCAGAACGUUCAUCAUCAUUCAUGGUUGGACGACAACGGGAUUGAUGGAAUCUUGGAUCAGCGGUAUGGUUAAAGCCUUAGAAAAGCAAGAAGCUCACGCCAACAUCAUCGUGGUGAACUGGCUGGAACGUGCACAUCAGCUUUACACGGUGGCGGUCAACAACUCUGAGGUGGUCGGGAAGGAGGUUGCCGUCUUAAUUGAUUGGCUGGAGCAGGAGACCUGUUUUUCCCCUCAGAAGUUGCAUUUGAUUGGCUACAGCCUGGGUGCCCACGUAGCAGGAUUCGCUGGGAAAGCUACAAGAAACAGAAUUGGACGGAUCACAGGCUUGGAUCCAGCUGGUCCCAUGUUUGAAGGUGAAGACCCAGAUAGGCGACUUUCCCCAGAUGAUGCAGACUUUGUGGAUGUGCUUCAUACUUUUGCCUACAAUACGCUGGGAGUUAGCAUUGGUAUUGAGCGGCCCAUUGGUCAUAUUGAUGUUUAUCCAAACGGUGGCAGUUUCCAGCCCGGCUGCGGUUUUCACAAUGUCCUUAACGCCAUAGCCAGUGGAAAUCUGGGUGAAGUGGUUUACUGUGACCAUGAACGCUCUGUGCAUCUCUUCGUCGACUCCAUCCUCAACCAGGAUAAACAGAGCUGGGUGUAUCGCUGUCCAGACACCAAGACGUUUGAGAAGGGGAUGUGCCUCAGCUGCCGGAAGAACCGUUGCAACAAAUUAGGCUACAAUGUGAAUAAAAUCAGAAGUAAACGUAGUAAAAGGAUGUACCUGAAGACCAGGGCGGACAUGCCCUUUAAAGUGUUCCACUAUCAGCUAAAGAUGCACUUAUUCAGUGCAAUGGCAAUAGAAGACUCCAACCCCAAACUGAAUGUCAACUUGUAUGGCACUGCACUCGACAGCAGGAAGAUCAGGAUCGAAAUGCCUGAACAAAUUAGUGCAAACAGAACACAUUCUUUUCUCCUCUACCUGGAGGAGGAGAUCGGGGACUUGCUGGGGAUUAAACUGAGCUGGGAGAAACCCACCUCGUCGUGGUCGUUUUGGACAAAUUUGAAAAGUUUGUGGUAUGGGUCGCCCUCUGAUUGGGACACAGAUCUGAAUGAGCUGGAGAUAAGGAAGAUACGAGUGAAGUCUGGGGAAACGCAGAAGAAGUAUACAUUCUGUGCAAUCAAUCCAUCAGCAACCAAGAUCUCGCCUGGGAAUGAGCUGACUUAUAUCAAGUGUCUGGAUCACUGGCCAGUCAAGAAUAAAACCAGGGUGCCGUGCACAAUCCUGAUUUGAUGGAGACAGACAUGAGAGUACGGAGGAACAUCUGGAGAAAUUUCUGAAAUGCCUGCUUCGCUGCUGCUGCUACUGUGUGGUCCGAAAUCUCCAGAGGGGAAGGCCCCGAGUCCUCGGCUUUGCUUGUUGCUCUGUGCCCGGGGCAGGGUCAAAGUGCUUGGUGCUUGGUGUCGGAGAGCUGGUCGGAGGCUCGAAGUUUUCGGACGGACUCAGAGUCCAUGGCGGUCGAGUGCUUCCAAUGGUGCGGCAUCGGCAAGUUUGCGGCGCUUGGAGGUUCAUGGCAGGGAGAGUUUCUCCCUUCUACCGUCUGUGUGAGAUGAUGAGGCUAAAGGAACUUUGAGACUUUUUUUUUCCCGUGCCCAUGGUCUGCUCUUUAUCAAAUUAUGGUAUUGCUUUGCACUGUUGUAAGUAUAUGUUAUAAUUAUGUAGUUUUGCCAGUUUUAGUCUUGGUUUGUCUUGUGUUUCUUGUGAUAUCACUCUGGAGGAACAUUGUAUCAUUUUUUAAUGCAUGCAUUACUAAAUGACAAUAAACGAGAACUGAGUGUCCUCAUAAUCUAUCUAAUCUAAAUUAAUAUCACUGAUAUGUUGCGUGAAAUUUAUUGUUUUGUGGCAGCUGUACAAUGUAAUACAUAAAAAUUGCAAAUAAUUAUGAUAACAAGUAUAUAUUUAAAGAUUAAAUGAAUAGUGCAAAAGAGCAAAAUCAUGAGCUAUUGGACAUGGGUUCAUUGUCCGUUCUGAAAUGUGAUGGUGGAGGGGCAGAAGCUGUUGCUGAGAUGUUGAGUGUGUGAUCAUUGUUCCCGUCUUACCAGAUUUAUUAUGACAAGUAUUUAAUCUGACUAAUAUCAUGACAUGUAUUAAAUCUUCCUAAUGUUUUGAUAUACAUGUGGCAAAUCGAGGGUCAACUUUGUUCUCCAUGUGCUGCAUGUUCACAGUACAUGAUUUAGGAACUUGCUGUGUCUGUGU